GGUUUAAACAUUAAUGAUGUUGGCUUAAAAAACAACGGGCUACAAAUGGUUAUCAGACAAUCAAAAACUGAUACUGAAGGCAAAGGUGACAGCAUUUGGCUGAGCACAUUUAAUCAGACAACACUUUGCCCAAUAAAAGCCUAUUCGGAAUACAUUAAAUUGAGAGGCAGCAAACCCGGUCCACUCUUCAUGCACCAAAAUGAGCCAAAAACGAUAGCAGUCUUCAUUAUAGGACAUUCCUACAUAUACAGGGCAGUAAGAAGAGCCGCCAAACAGGAAUAUGGGACUAAUUUAAAUUUGGAUAAGCAACAGGUAAAGGUCACCUGGUUGGGUUUAAGAGGUGCCAUUUGGCACAAUUUGCUUGCAAUGCUAUCUCAAAUGAUAUCCCGUUGGGGGCAACCAGAUAUUGUACUCAUUCACCUGGGUGGUAAUGACAUUGGCAAAGAAAAGACAAUAGAGAUUAUUCGUUUCAUAAGAAGAGAUUUGGCUCAACUUCACUUUUCAUUUCCAAAAGUUUUGUUUGUUUGGUCUGAAAUGGUUUCCCGCAUUAUUUGGUUUCAGUCCCCUGAAACUAAAGCAUUAGAUAGAUGCCGCAAAAAGAUCAACUCUGCUAUUGCAAAAUUUGCAAAAGGGCUGAAUGUUUUCACUUAUAGACAUACAGAUCUAGAGCUUACUGGCAGUGGCCUUUACAGGGAUGACAGUGUUCAUCUAUCUGACAUAGGGCUAGAUAUUUUCAAUAAUGGUUUAAGAAAUGCAAUUGAAUUAGCUAUUAGCAAAUGGAAAGGUGCCAAAGCAGGGCGCUAAUGCACCGCUUUGCCGUGGAGAGGUUUGUUUAAGUUUAUAUGUUUUUGAGAAUGAAUCCUCCUGGCCAAGCAUCAAGGCGGAGCUAAGAGAAAAAGAUAUAGGCGGCGGGAAGAUUUUAGUAUUCCUUGCUGGCUAGGUUCAUAGUUUAUGUUAUAUAUAGAGGUUUGGAAAGAAAAUAAUAAAUCAAGCUGCGGCCACAUUCUCCAUUAAGCUCUGGUCUCUGUGUGUUUAUUUAUUUCAGUUCGCUUGCUUAUCCAGCUUGCUGACCCAUGCAAUCAUCUGCAUCACAUGCUUAGUGCGUGGAGUAUACACUGAACUUAUUUAGUUUAUAAUGAACAGCCUACAUUGGCUUUAUCAAGAUACAUUUGAAAAAAACUUUACCUUGCAUGAGGAGUCUCAAUACCUAUCUAUCUACCAAUCUAUCAAUCUUCUAUCUAUCUACAAAUGUAUCU